AUGAAGAAGGUUAAGGUGGCGGGCGGUGGCAAGGGUGGAGCGCCGACGGCGCCGACCGACCUGCUCGUCUGCUUCCCUGCGCGGCAGCACCUGGCGCUGAUGCCCAAAUCAAUCUGCAGCCCGUCCCGGGCCACGCUGGACAGGGCGGUGGCCGCUCGCCGGAGGCAGCUCCAGCUCCCGGCCGCGCGUUCUGGACCUUCUGGCGCCGGCGGCGGUGUGGCCGGAGGGCGUGGCCGUGGUAGCAGCCCGAUGUUCCAUGGUUCCAAGGCGAAGCAUACAGCGGAGGGCGACAACGAGCCGCAGUCGCCCAAGGUGACGUGCGCAGGGCAGAUCAAGGUCGUCCGGCCGAGGAAGCCGAGGCCGGUGGUGGCGGAGAAGAACGGUAGGUGCGGCGGAGGCGGCAGCGGGGGGAGGUGGAUCACCGUGGCGGAGGAGAUCGAGCGGCUGCAGGAGCAGAGGAAGAAGGCGAGCUGGCUCGACGCCUUCGGGAUCAGGCGGGACGCGCUGCCCUUCCUCGGCGGCGCGCUCCGGAGCCUCCGGCACAAGGUGCGCUGCUUCGGCCCGUCGCUCCACGCAGCGGUGGACUCCUCGACGGACGACGACGACGACGAGGGCGGCGAUGCGGGAGGGCAUGUACGCGAAUCGGCCACGGCCGCGAGCGUCUUCUCCAAGUGGCUCAUGGUGCUGGAAGGGAGCCAAGAACCCCAACCGCACGACAACGACGAGCUACACCAAGAAGACGCGCGACCGAACACGAACCGAGAGACGAACGACGACGACUGUUCCAAAGCGUCGUCAGUGCCGCCGCCGAACGCGCUGCUCCUCAUGCGGUGCCGGUCGGCGCCGGCGAAGGGCCUGGCGAGGAAAGGGGCAGAGGAGCCACCGGCCGGCGAGGAGACAGCGCCGGAGAAGGGAGGCCCGGAGGAUGGCAUGGACGAGCUGGUGUUCAUGAGAACGGCGCCAGAUUUCCUGAAGCUGUCCAUCGACAUUGCCAAGGAGACGUGGGUCGUCGGCGGCGUGGACCCCCUCGCGCGAAGCCGGAGCUGGAAGAGGUGA